AUGAAUGCAUCCCUGAGAUCUUCACAAGGGAAAAUGAAUACUAACACGACACCAGAUGAUUCACCAAGAGAAGAAGAACAUGAUUGGGAUUCGUAUUUAAUUGAAACAAAUAGUGAAGCAGCGCCAGCAAGUAAUUUCAAACAAGCUUUGAUUCCACCAGUAAACGAUUUCAUUGUUGGAGAAAAACUUGAAUCAAUUGAUCCAAGAAAUCAAGAUUCAUGGUGUAUAGGAACAAUUAUUGAAAAAGAUGGACCAAGACUACGUAUACGAUUAGAUGGAACUGAUGAUCGAAAUGAUUUUUGGCGUCUUGUCGACUCAGGAGAUAUUCGUUGCUAUGGAACAACAGCAAAAUUAGGAGGACAAAUUGUGCCUCCUCUUGGUUUUCAACUGACUUCAACUCGGUGGACCAAAUAUUUUGAAAGAAAUGUUAAGGAUGGCCCGUUUGCUGCUGAAUCAUGUUUCAAACCGCAACCUUCGAAACCCGAAAAGAAUUUAUUUAAAAAAGGACAAAAAUUAGAAGCUGUCGAUCCAAGACAUUCUAAUCUAAUAUGUCCAGCAACAGUAAGUAAUGUUAUACCUGGUGAUUAUCGAAUAAUGUUAUCAUUGGAUGGAUGGAGUUCACUAAAUAAUUUUAAAGUUGAUUAUCUAUCACGGGAUAUUUUUCCUGUUGGUUGGUGUAAAUUAGCUGGAAUUCGUAUUGCAAAAGUUGGUGGAAACCCACCUUCUCGUGCAUCGAAUAAAAUAUUACCAACGAGUCCCACUAAACAAAAUGAAAAUGUUCGACAGCAGCAAUCGAAAAAUAAGAAAACCAUUGUUUCACCAUUACCAAAUGAUUCAUCUCAUUCACCAACAACUAUGGAUGAGAAAAAUAAUAAUUUAACAACGAAAGAAAAAAUAAAUCAAAGAUCAAAGACUAAGAAGGAGAAUGGAAACUCAAUUGAUUCAGAUGAAGCUAAUGAAGAUACUAAAAAGAAACGACCCAUUGUUACUGUAUAUUUAAAUUAUCUUGGUGAUAAUAGUGGAAUGUUAUUAAAUCCACAAAAAUUUCGUGUAUCAAUGCCAUCAAAAUUUGGACCCGAUGAAUGCCAUGUUGUCCUAACAUCAAUAUUUGAUUCAUGUAUUAAAUGUGCUUUUCAACAAGCAUCAUUUAUUAAACGAAUACUUGAUCUAUUUCCAACACCUAAUGACGAAGAAAAAGAUUCGUAUACACAGAUUAAAUUGGAAAAUGGUACAAUAGUGUAUAUUCGACAGUUUGAAACAGAAGUUGAUUUUUGGGAUGUUAUUCGCCUAUUUCAAAAUAUUAUUUUAUCUGGUGAUAAUCUUUUUAUUCGAACAUCACCACCAUCAGUGAAUAAGCAAAUUAAUGAUUCAUCAUCAUCUUUAUUUGAUUCCUCUACAUCAUCUAAUAAAAAACAAGAUUCUUCACAAUCCUACCAAUCAAUAAGUAACAAUAAAACUAAACGAAAAAGUACAGAAUUAGCUUCAUAUCCCGAGAAUAAAACAUUCAUAAGUAAUGGUAAAGCAGCACGAUCCAAUUCGAAUGAAAGAACAGUUUAUGACACAAAAUCUUCAUCGAACACUUAUUCACAACCAAUAGAUCAACAUGCACAUGGGUCUCGUCAUUAUGAACGAUUUACACCAAGUGAAGUAGCAUCAUUUGUUCGAGGCAUUGAUCCAUCAUUUGAUAGUCUUGCUUCAAGGUUUCUUCAAGAGGAAAUUGAUGGAAAAGCUCUUCUUCUUCUUACAACAGAUACAUUAAUGAGACAUAUGGGUUUAAAACUUGGUCCAUCACUUAAAAUUGUUCAUCAUAUUGAACAAUUAAAAAAAUGUUAA